GUAAACAGGAGGAAGCGGAAACAAAAGAGGUUUCACAAAAACACAAACACAUCGCGGACUGUAGAAGUACUCAGGGAACAACCGUCAGCAAUAAUAUUGCAGUUCCAGUGAGGAGCGAGUGGACGUGAGCUGAGGAGCAACCCGCCCCUUCACCAUGGCGCUGAAGAGAAUACAGAAGGAGCUGCAUGACCUGCAGAGAGACCCUCCAGCACAGUGCUCCGCUGGACCAGUGGGCGAUGACUUGUUUCAUUGGCAGGCGACCAUAAUGGGUCCGGGGGACAGUCCUUACCAAGGAGGAGUUUUCUUUCUCACAAUCCACUUCCCCACCGACUACCCAUUCAAACCUCCAAAGGUAGCAUUUACAACUAAGAUUUAUCAUCCAAAUAUCAACAGCAAUGGGAGUAUCUGUUUGGACAUUCUACGGUCUCAGUGGUCUCCAGCACUUACGGUGUCUAAAGUUUUAUUGUCCAUAUGUUCAUUGCUUUGUGAUCCAAACCCAGACGACCCUUUAGUUCCAGACAUAGCACACAUGUACAAGAACGACAAAGAAAAAUACAACAAACAAGCAAAAGACUGGACCCAGAAGUAUGCCAUGUAAAGAAAAGAAAAAAAGAUGAAGAAAAAACAUGCUGAGAAUCUUUCUUUUUCCUUCCUUUUUUGAAGUUCCAACACUGUAAAUUAUAGUAAGGAAUCAUUGAGUAAUCGUGGGUAACUUCAAUCAGACUGAACUGUCAUUAACAUAAUUAAUAAUCUGAGAACAUGACAUUUACAUUCUUUGUUUUUUGAAAGGAGAGCAGAUGAGAAAAACUGCCUGUGGUCAUUUCACAGAGGCCGUGACAUUUAAAAGUUUGGCAUCGUGUUCUUUUCAUCAAAGACAUUUUAUUUCUCAAACAAGUUUAUUUCAAGUUGCUUUCCAGCAUUUUUGAAGUAAAACUAGUGGAUUGUAGGACAUAACGUAUGCCGCUCAGUGGCGAGUGGCGAGCCUUUUGGUCAGAGGAGCUGAGUGCAGCGGGGCGGUGUACGUUUUAGACGAACCGCCCGGAGUCCCUGCUGCGCCCAUCGGCAUUCAGCAAGGAGCACACCGAACCGUGGAGUUGUGGGACGGGGAAUGCCAAAUAUGUAAGCCCCUCAUUCUGACACACGUCAUGCCGUCGGUGGAGGAGUUCUUUUUUUUUUUUUUUGCAUCUUGUAGCAGAUGAAGUGAAAUGAAACGAUGUACUGUUGCAGUUACCCUGAAAAUGGGAGCAAUGACAAGUAACGUAUUACUGUCUUCUUAUUAUUGUUAUGAAUUGUAUAGUAUUAAAAUCCUCUGGGAGAUUUCAUUUAAAUUAGAGUUAUCACAAUGUAAAUCUGUCAUUAAAAUGAUGUGCUCUUUCCCCCUGAGAAUAGCAGUGAUGGCUUUACACAGGCACAAAGAUCAUAUUUUGAACCCAGUCAGGCCUGUACCUAAGGGGUGAAAUGUGUCCUUCUGUUUGACCUCCAGUCUGUAUAUCUAUCUUUGCUAUUGAAAUGGUAAAAAUCUAAGUGUGUCUGUGUGUGUGUGUACAGAAGCCUGUGUGGCACCUUUUGUACUGAAUUAAAGAAUGGUACAGUUUUUAUCACCGA